AUGCAGUUCCUCACUCGAGUCUGCAUCUUUGCUUCACUGGGCUUCAUUUCCCUGCUGUGGUGGAGCCAUCUUCUCUGGCGACCCACACGCCAUGGCCAAGGUAAUCUGAUCAUUAAGGAUGAGGGAGUACAUUUUCCAUACAAAUUUGACACUCUCCUGCAUAUUCAACAGUCCCGGAAAAAAAUGCUGAGGUCCUUCUGCAGCAAAAAUCAUAAAAUUGUCACACUUCCUCCUUCCCAGGAGGAAACUUCUCAGUUAUUGUCUUUCAUUGCAGUAAACAACAAAUUGCAUUUUCUGUAUUGCAAAAUACCUGGCACAGGAGUUAAAGGCUGGGAACAGCUGCUAGAAAUGCUGGAGGAGAAAGGUGUCACACCGCCAAUGCCAAUCCCCUAUCACCAGCUGUUCGGUACCCAAAAGUCACUCAGAGAUUACAACCUGUCAUCCAUGGAAAAUAUGCUGAAAUCCUACACAAAAGUGAUGUUCAUCAGGGAACCUUUCCAGAGACUCAUCUCUGCUUAUUUGCAUGGCUUGGCCAAAGGCGUAACCUUCCAGGAGUUCAUUCAGAACAUCUUAUCCAGGGGAUCCAUGAAUGCCAGUGCUGAAUGGGCACCAUUGGUCAACCUGUGUCAUCCAUGCCUUGUCCAAUAUGAUUACAUCAUCAUGUUUGGAUCCCUUGGCAGUGAGGUGCAACAUUUAUUGCUCCGGGCUGGAGUUGCUGGGAACCUCCAGAUUCCUGUGUUCAAAAACUCCAAAAGUCCGUGGGCAUAUAGGUGGUCAGAAGAGCAGAUGCUCAGCAAACUCUCACUCAUGGAGAGGACACAGCUCUGCCAUUUCUUUCAGUCUGACUUUGCUGCAUUUCACUUUCCCAGCAGCUUGCUGUGGUACUACACUUGUGUUCCAAGAAGCAAUUCGAUGGAAUAAAACACCUUGACUGGGAUGUUCAGUAUGCAAAAGUGAGUGCAAAACUGAGCUGAACUGCUGAAAUUGCUGCAGGAAACAGAAGGGUGGUCAGCACAGAUCAGUGAACUGUUCCUGGAAAGCACUUUUGACAAAAUAAGCAAGGGAUGUGAUCUAGUUCCUCAGUCUCAACCCAUUCAAGAGAACUGCCUGAAAGUUUUGUCACCAGAAAUGGCAUUUUCUCCACAUCUAUUUCAUUUAUUCAUUGAUUCAUUUAGAAACAAAGAAACAGAGUGAGUCAGAAGGGGUCUCCCGGGCCAUCUAGUCUGACCUCCAGCACUUAUCAUGUUUCAAUACCUCCCAAUAGCUAAAGGUCUCUGGGUGGUUUACAAAGAUUAAAGCUGAAAAAGCCCAGUAUUCUACAUAAUGUAAAAGGCAUUUACAUAGAUGCAUAUAAACAGAUAAAAUGGAUGGAUGGAUGGACAGAAUUGUCACAAUCAAAAAUAUAAAAUCCCAGGACCUGAUUGAAAACCUUAUUGUAUGUUGCAAAAGACUUGAGAGUAGGGAAAGGUCUUAAAUUGGCACAAAAAGGUGAUAGCAUUGGUACCAAACUGUUUCCCUGGGAAAAUCAUUUCUGAAUUCUGGGCCCAUCACCAAGAAGGCCCCCCACGUUUUUCCAGCUUCUGAUUCUUCCAUGGAGGAAGCACUCAGAGGAGUCCCAGAUGAUGAGUGAAGCAUCUGGGUAGGUUUACACUAGGAGAGGCUCUCUGAUGGGUAUUGCAAUCUCAAGGCCUGUAAGACUUUAUAGCUCAAAAGCAGCAUCCUGUAUCAGGCUUGAAAAUGUAUGGGCAGCCAGUGCCAGUGGCCAGAACUGUGGUAUAUGUCCGGAGUGCUUUCAGUCUGGAUGCUGCACUUGGCACAAGCUACAGCUUCUGAACAAUCUUUCAAGGGAUCCCCACACAGAGUGUAUCCAGUCUCUAACCUGUUGCAGGCAGUACCCAUCAGGGCUGGAUACCCUCAGGAUGGCCUGGCUGGUGACCCCUGGUAACCAAAUGAUCUGGUAGGCUUGGUACCUGGUUCUGAAGAGCUGUCUGUCAAAAGGGAGGCCCCCUCCUCCAUGAAAUCAUUGUGAGGGAGGGGGAGAGAGGCAGCCUUAUUAGCAAUUGGAAUUUGACCAUUGGAGCUUGGCUACUGGGGGAAGCAGCUAAGGUGGGGGAAAUUGAUCUAAGCUUGUGGUGUUUGCGGAGGGGGACAUUCAGUUUUUAUUGUGAAACUUAACCAAAUUUUAUAAAAAGAAAUGGAGAAAAAAGAGAAAUGUAUCUGUAUGCAUACAUAGAUUUGUUCUACAUUGGUGACUACAUAUGAGAUGUUUAUUAUAUGAAAAUACAGUUUUCUAGUAAUCAUGCAUAAGUAAAAGCAGACCAGAUAUCCAAGUAAGCAUCCACCUGAAGGCAGCAUCUCUAAACUUGCUCCAUUUAAAACUUGAAAAAGUUGUAAUGUGUAAUCCAUAAUCCAUAGGAGUUCUACUAUGGAUUUCUAUUUUCGGUGUUCUACACUCGGUCCUUUAGCUGUCAAAAGAUGGCAGAAAAUCUGUCAAAGCCUAUAAGUCAUAUAUAUAAUGAGAUUCAAAUGGACCAAAGCUUAGAGUUUGGUAGAAAUGGUAGCCAGUGUGUUUCUUUUGUUUCUCUUAAGUAAACUCUCUGUCUCUUAAUCCAUGUUUUCGAUCUGCAAAUCCUUC